AGGAACGUUAACCAGCAAGUGUAACAUGAUCAUGAAUCAGUUUAUAAAUGGGAAACUAGUGCUUCACAAUUCUCACAUCCAACCUUUAAUUAACCACUUUCUUCUUCAUCAAUUCUAUCCCUUGCAACCAUCAUCAUGUCUGAAGAGAAGAAACACCACCAUGGCCUCUUCAACCGCCACAAGGACGACGACGAGGAUAAGCCUAUAGAUUCUGACACUGGUUACAACCAGUCAUCAUACUCUGCUGAUCAACCUUCUGGUGGUGGCUAUGAUUCUGGUUACAACAAGUCAUCAUACUCCACUGAUAAUCCAUCUGGUGGUGGUGGUGACUCUGGUUACAACAAGUCAUCAUACUCCACUGAUGAUCCAUCUAGUGGUGGCUAUGAAACUGGUUACAAUAAGUCUUCAUACUCUACUGAUGAUCAGCCUUCUGGUGGUGGUGCCUAUGAAUCUGGUUAUAACAAGACAAGUUAUACUGAUGAUCAACCUUCUGGUGGCGGCUAUGGUACUGGUGGCGGCGGCGGUGGAGGAUACUCUGACACCACUACUGGUGGUGGCUAUGGUGCCGGUACUGGUGGUGGUGGCGGCUAUGGCGAUGAUACUUCUCGACCUGAUGAUGAGGUUGACUAUAAGAAGGAGGAGAAGCACCACAAGCAUCUUGAACAACUUGGUGGGGUUGGUGCUGUAGCUGCUGGUAUCUAUGCCUUGCAUGAGAAGAACGAGGCAAAGAAAGAUCCAGAGAAUGCUCACAGGCACAAGAUACAAGAGGAGGUUGCAGCUGCAGCUGCAGUGGGAGCUGGUGGGUUCGCCUUUCAUGAGCAUCAUGAGAAAAAGGAAGCAAAGGAGGAAGACGAGGAAGCUCAUGGAAAGAAGCACCACCAUCUGUUUGGUUGAACAUAUAUAAAAUUAAGCACACAAGGAUUUCCAAUAUUCAUUCCUUUGUCUUGUUAUGCUUUUGGCUUAUAUGUGUGUAUCUUUAUAAUUUAUCUUCCGGUUUACUUUGAGUGGUUUGGAGAAUGCUUCCUUCGUGUUGCUUCAUAUGUGCUAUGUUAAGUACAUAAUGAUAUCGUAUAAUAAUUUGAGAUGA